AUGGAGUGCGGUGGUGACCUUACAGUUGAUGUAAGAAAACGAAUAAUUGAAACCCAUAACGAGCAUCGUAGGAAAGCCGAAAAGGGAGAAGUAGAGGGCAGCAAAGGGAAGUUGCCUGCAGCUAUGAAAUUAGCUGACUUGGAAUAUGACUGCGGAUUGGAGCAAGAGGCUAGGAGGAGAUGCAAAGAUUUCAUAGAUGUCAAUUUCCUUUAUGGAUUGGGAGCCAACGAUGACGUUGUCGUCGGAAAGGGCUGUAAUCCACCCCCGCAACCUGUCAAAGACUUCCUUACAUCAUUUAAUAGAUGGUGGGAACAAUCGAAAUACAUUGAGCCGUCAGAAAAUAAUACAGUACUUCUCAAGCAUAUAUACAACGGUCAACCUUUCGCACAGAUCGCGUCUUCCAAAGUUACGAGGGUUGGUUGCCAGCUGUAUAAGAAAGGACGAUUGACUUCAGUUCUAUGCUUAUAUAACAGUUUCCCUGAACAAGAACGGAAAACAGGGACAGUCGUUGUUUACAAGCACCUGCUGAAAACGAAUCCGAGCGUGUUCCCGCAGGAUGGGGCUCUCCUUUAUGAUCGUGCCGCAGUUCUCUUUUCUGCGCAGAAACAGAUCAAACUAGACGGAGAAGAAAAAGUAUUCAUGUUGCCCGCGAGCUUGGUACCUAGCGCAGGUGAAGAUGCUACGGGUGUUCGUGUCGUGGUUAAAAAAGUCACCGAGGGAUUCCAGGUGACUUCAAACGACUUGGCUAAAGCUGUAAACGUCCGAGACUUUGAGAAGGACAAGGGAAUUCUGGAGGUCGCAGUUUGUGACCUACGGAUCUGGCGUGCACUAUUUAUUCGACCACCGCGCUCUGGGAUUCAGGGAUCAUCAAUGGAUGAAAAAGCACUUAUGGAUGGAAAGUAUAUGGGAAUUGGCUUGUCGAAGAGUGUUAAGGUUUUGGAAGGAGAAGGCCAGUCGUGCAGCGCUUAUGUGGUAACAGACGAUCCAAGGCCGGGGCAAUAUAAUUUAAACACUCAAGCCGCUAUGCAGCCGAUCAAUCAGAAGAACAUUCUCCAGCUGAUAAAGAGAUUAUACGUAAGGACCACUUAUGGAAAGAAAAGAACCUUCCCGAUUGGAAACAUUGCACAAGCGGCUAAUCAGCUGAAAUUCCAAACUGUUGAAGGGACACAAUGUACUGUUGAGCAGUACUUCAAAAAACAUUAUAACAUUGUGCUUAAGUAUCCAGGAAUGUUCACUGUCUCAGAGCGCCAUAGUCCACACACGUAUUAUCCUGUAGAGCUGUUAAGGGUGGCUCCUUCCCAGAGAGUAACCUUACAGCAGCAAACUCCUGAUCAAGUUGCUACCAUGAUCAAGGCAUGUGCAACGUUGCCUCAAAAUAGACUCCACCAAACGAAGCUUCUAAAGGACGCUCUGGAUAUCAAGCCGGGCAAUUCGCGCCUCGCUGUAGCUGGCAUCAGCGUCGAGAAUGGAUUUACAACGGUUCCUGGGCGUGUUUUGCCGCCCCCAUCAAUCAUUUAUGGAGGAAAUCAACUAGUUAAACCGAUAGACAAUUGUAAAUGGAACGGGGACAGAUCGAGAUUCCUCGAGCCAGCCAGGUUAUACAACUGGGCGGUAUGUGCAACGCUAACACCGAAUGACAGUCGUCGCUUGCACAUUAAGGAAUACAUUGCGCGAGUGGAAGGCAGGUGCCGUCAACGCGGAAUGGAUGUGGAACCAUGCUCCGAGAUCUUUAACCUUCAGCGUCAGAAUUUUGAGAGUUUGAAGGAAUGGUACGCUUCUCAGAAAGAGAAGGAUCGCCGGUACCUCAUGUUCAUCACAUCUGACCACAUUAAGCAACAUGAUCUGAUAAAGCUCCUGGAGAUCGAGUAUCAAAUUGUCUCUCAAGAAAUCAAGGGAAGUAAAGUAGAUGCUGUUCUUACUAGGAACCAGAACCAAACUCUUGAUAACGUAAUUGCAAAGAUUAAUGAAAAACUUGGUGGCGUCAAUUACAAUAUUAUGCUCGGUUCUAGUCCUUCUGACAAAGCUAACAAAUGGCUUUCCGAGAAGGACCGCAUGUUCGUCGGAUUCGAAAUAUCGAAUCCUCCGGCUCUGUCGAAGGCUGAAAUCGAACGUGGAGCAGCUUACAAGAUGCCUUCCGUUCUUGGAUGGGGAGCGAAUUGCGCCAAGAAUCCGCAGCAGUACCUCGGAGACUACGUCUAUAUAGAACCGCGCCAAACGGAUAUGAUGGGUGCCAAACUCAGUGAGAUUAUUGUCCAUAUUCUCAAAAGAUUCCGCGCGGCGACUGAUGUCGCUCCUCGACACAUCGUUCUUUACUUUUCAGGAAUAUCGGAGGGACAGUGGAGUCUGGUAGCAGACACUUACAUGCGUGCGAUACAAACCGGGAUCAAAUCACUUUCUGCUACCUAUGGUCCAAGUCUUACGGCUUUGACAGUUUCGAAGGACCACAUUGAGCGGAUCUACAAAUCGAACAUCACCGGGAAUCGCGCUACGGAGCAGAACAUCCCUCCUGGUACUGUGGUGGACACUAAGAUUGUUUCUCCGGUAAUCAAUGAGUUUUAUCUGAAUGCCCAUUCGGCUUUCCAGGGAACAACCAAGACACCGAAGUACGCUUUGGUUUACGACGAUUCUAAUAUACCGAUCAACGCGGUCGAAGGGAUGACGCAUGGACUUUGUUACUUACACGAAAUUAUCACCGCUACUGUAUCAAUGCCAGUCCCGCUGAUUGUGGCUGAUCGCUGCGCCAAGCGCGGUCAUAACGUCUACAUUGCGAACUCAAGUCAAAGGAAUGCAGUCAGUUGCAUCAAAGAAGCUAAUGAGAAAUUGGUAAAUCAAGGUGCACUUCAGAAAGUUCGAUACAACGCUUAA